CUGGCCGCUUGGGUUUACCACGUGGUCAGGGUAAUCAGCCUAAAAGACUGUAAUCCUGAGGCAGAUAACGUUUUUGUAAGCAUAGCUAAGUGACAUUCCAAUAAGAAACGGUAGGCCUGCCUGGUAUCACCUUUUCCCAUGGAGACUUUUGAAAGACAAGAUUCCUAUGCAAAUAGAAUACAACAGAAUAGAAUACAACAGAAUGGUAGGCUACAAAAUAGAAUAUGAUAUAUUGGCUACUUUAUUGCAACCUGUUGGGACAUUUGUCUUCUACCUAUCUCAACCCCAUGCCACAAUAAAGCAUGCUGGCCAGCUGGGCCAGCUGAGUUCAGGGCGUGGGAGGGGCCAUCCAGCUGUGCCUGCAACAUCGUCACACUCAUGUGUAAACUGCAAGGAGUUCCAGGUCCAAACUGAAAUCUUCCUAACCAUCCCCAUCCAUUUUCCACUACAUACACUGCAGAGAGGUAUCCUGGUAACGUACGAAAGAAAGAAAAAGGCGCUUGGAGGUUGGAAAGGGACGUUCGUUAUCUGGCCACAAUCGGAGGACGCGAUUCUUCAAGUGGUUAUUUAUGGCAUAACCUCAGACUCUUUCCAUCGCCAUGUCAUUGAAGUCGGACGAGAAGAGGAAGUGGGCGGCGGUGAGGGGCCAUCUGGGCUCCUCCCAGGACUCAGACACCCAGCUGGAGGCCAACCUGGAGAGUGCAGACCCAGAGCUGUGCAUCCGCAUGCUCCAGGUGCCCAGUGUGGUCAACUACUCUGGGCUGAAGCGUCGUCUGGAGGGCAGCGAGGAGUCUUGGAUGGUCCAGUUCCUGGAGCUGAGUGGGCUGGACCUGUUGCUGGAGGCCCUGGACAGGCUGUCUGGGAGGGGCUGCUCCCGCAUCGCAGACGCCCUGCUGCAGCUCACCUGUGUCAGCUGUGUCCGGGCUGUCAUGAACUCCUCGUCUGGGAUCAACUUUAUCGUGGAGAAUGAGGGCUACAUCCGCAAACUCUCCCAAGCCUUGGACACGUCCAAUACCAUGGUGAAGAAGCAGGUGUUUGAGCUGCUUGCUGCCCUGAGCAUGUUCUCCUCUGAUGGGUAUCGUCUGGCCAUGGAUGCCUUGGACCACUACAAGGGUGUGAAGACCCAGCAGUAUCGCUUCAGUGUGAUCAUGAACGAGCUGCAGGCCACAGACAAUGUGCCCUACAUGGUCACCCUCCUCGGUGUCAUCAACGCCAUCAUCUUUGGGACAGAUGCCCUGCGACAGAGAGAUAAGAUGCGCAAGGAGUUUAUCGGAUUACAGUUACUUGAUAUACUGCCCAAACUGAGAGAUGAGGAGGAUGAGGACUUGAUCAUUCAGUGUGAAGCGUUUGAAGAGGCUAUGGUUGAGGAUGAGGAGGAGCUGUUGAGGGUCUAUGGAGGCAUCGACAUGAGCAGUCACCAGGAGGUGUUCACCACCCUCUUCAACAAAGUGAGCAGGUCACCGUCAUCCCUCCAGCUGCUGUCCAUCCUACAGGCCCUGCUGCUGCUGGGGCCUGACAGGGCUGACAUCUGGCAGACCCUGGAGGCCCUCACUAACAGGGCCAUACUGCUGGAUCAAGACUCUCCAAUGGACUCCUGUGAGACGAUUAUGCAACGCCUGGUGUUCUCCAAGCGCAGGACUGCUGGUGUCCAUGCUGUGGAUGGUCUGCCACCCAAGAAGAUUGAUAAGGCUGUUCAGACUGAUAAGGUGGACAAUGACCAAGAAAGACUGACCAAAUGCCACACAACCUCCCAAGUGUCUUCUGUUCCACCACCCCCACCCCCUUCCCUUCCUCCACCCCCCGCUCCGACACUACCACACACAGGAGGUGGAGUACCCCCACCACCUCCGCCUCUACCAGGGAUGGGGGUGUCCCCAGGGUGCCCACCCCCACCCUUGCCCGCUAUGUCAGGCAUGCCUCCACCACCACCACCUCCUCCUGGCAUGGGUGGGAUGGGGGUGGCCCAAAGUAGCCAAUCCCUGGGGUGUGCCUGUUCUGCCUCCUCCAAUGCAGGCCGCUGCCCCACCCUGAGGAUGAAGAAGCUCAACUGGCAGAAGCUCAGAGCUGUCACUGAUGGUCAUUCCAUGUGGACCUCUGCUCAGAAAGACGUUCCUCGGGAGCCCAACUACUCCAGCAUUGAGCAGCUGUUCUGUCUCCCGGUGACCGAACACAAGGACAAGGGGGCAGCUGCUCCUGUCAAGAAGGAGCCUAAAGAGAUAUCCUUUAUUGACGUAAAGAAGAACUUGAAUUUGAACAUAUUUCUCAAGCAAUUCAAAUGCUCACAUGAUGAGUUUGUGUCCUUGAUUCAGAAUGGGGAUCGGACUAAGUUUGAUGUGGAGGUGUUGAAGCAACUUGUUAAACUCUUACCUGAGAAACAUGAGAUAGAAAACCUGAAAUCCUUCCAGGGUGAAAAAGACAAGUUGGCCAAUGUUGACCGAUUCUACAUCACUAUCCUGGCUGUACCAUGUUACCAGCUGAGGAUAGACUGCAUGUUGCUGUGUGAGGAGACGGCCUCUGUACUGGACAUGCUCAAGUCCAAAGCAGAGGUGGUUGAAGCUGCAUGCCAGUGUCUCAGAGUGAGCACUCUCAUGCCCAGUUUCUGCAGGCUCAUCCUUGAUGUGGGAAACUUCCUCAACUACGGAUGUCACACAGGAAACGCGGAGGGCUUUAAGAUCAGCUCCCUGCUGAUGCUGACUGAGACUAAGGCCAACAAGAGCCGCAUUACCCUGCUCCAUCACAUUCUGGAGGAAGUAGAGCUGAACCACCCAGAGCUGUUGUACCUCCCUGACGACAUUGAGAUUUGUGAAAAAGCAGCUGGAAUCAACCUGGACUCCAUUCAGGCAGAGGCCAGUGCCUUACUUAAUCGACUGAAAGAAGCAUCAAAGAAAGUCUAUAACUCUGUGGACGAUGUAAAGCAGCAGUUCACAGAGGUAUUUGAGAAAAACCUGGUGGCCUGCCGAGAUUUGGAGGACAGUUUUUUGGAGAUUGUGAGGAAGAAGGGUGACCUGGCCCUCUACCUGUGUGAGGAUGUCAACAAUCUUUCCCUGGAGGAGCUUUUUGGCACCAUCAAGACCUUUAGGGGACUUUUCAUCAAAGCCUUAAAAGAAAACAAGAGCAGAAAAGAGCAGGCUGUGAAGGUGGAGAAAAGGAAGAAGCAGCUUGAGGAGGAAGAAUCCAAAAGACAGAAUGGGGAGAAUGGAAAAAUAAUCCGGAAAGGACCCUCGCCACAGGACGAUGGCUGUAUUAUCGACCACCUUCUUGCUGACAUCCGGAAAGGCUUCCAUCUCAGGAAGACGCGGCCCAGGUGCGAUACGGAAAGCCCCCCCUCUAGUGAAAUGAAUAGGAAAAAGGGCCAGCCUGGGUCAAGUGUCAAGCCUGUAAUAGAAGAAGCCAAAGCCUCUGUCUCAGAAGCCUCCAGCACUCCCAGUCAAACUCAACCCCAGGCAGAGGAGAGGGCCCCAAGAGAAGGAAUGAACGAAUGCCCCAGCAAACCCCAAGAAAACCCCGCUUUUUCCAGCCUUCCCACAACCAAUUCACCAACACAGGAGAUCCCGGGAAUGGGUGUCCUAAAUAACACCCCAAGCAUCUCUACCUUCACAGAUGCAGACCUGCCUGAAAUCAACCUGAUGGUAACGGAGGACUUUAUUCCUGAAUGUCCACAGAGCAGUGGAGAGAGUCACCUUAAUGGAGCCUGCACACUUCCUGUCACUGAUAUGGACAUGAUGAUAGAGAGUAAUGGUGAAAGCAACCUGAUAGGAAAAACCAUUGGCCAAGAUGAAGUUGGAGGUAAGAGCAGCAGCAUGAUGGUAAAGACUUUUGGACAAGAUGAGGCUGAGGAUGACAUGAUGGUGAAGAUGGUGCCACAGGAUGAGGGUAUAACUAAUGGACACCCAGACACCAAUGGCAGCACAGACACCAAUGGCAACACAAACACCAACGGCAACGUACCUAUGGUCAGUGCUGCGGAAAGUGGACCGGCGUACGAUGUGCCCGAUGGAGUGGACUCUGAAGAUCUGCUCUCAUCAGUAUCCAAAGCUCUGCCUGCCUCUGCAUCUGAAACUCUAAAACCAGAGGAUAAAAAACAGCAGAAGCUCUUUAGAAGAAACAAAAAGAAGAGUAAUGAAGGUAACACUGGAAAUGGACACCCUAAAUGUAAAAAGGGGUGUGUGUUGCAGUGAGGAAAUUCCCGGAAAAGGAAGUCAAGAGGGAAAAGAAAAUGUUGUUGAUUUUUCCAUACAUGCUUUCUACACAUUGUAAUGGACUACAUCAGGGGUAGGCAACCCUGUUCCUGGAGUGCCGCAGGUACUGCAGGAUUUUGUUCCAACUAGGUACCAUACCAGGGGUGCGUUCAGUUCGCUUAAACGUUUGCUACAUUGUGAACGGUUUGUAUUGAACGACACGUUUUUCCAAAAUKUUCUUGUACUUUCUUGAACAGACUUUGAGAUCCGUUUACUCCAUUCGGUGAGUGUGCUGGGGUGUGGCUUGAAGCAACGAGUGAUGUAUUUAAAGGGAUGCUGUGCGUUUGAACCCACAACCCAACCCCUCCCCGUUUGUCAACUGGUUGUUCAGUACAGCAUCGUUUCCAUUCAWUUUAAUGUUCUGUUACGUUUUUAUGUACUGAACACAGCCCUGACCAACUGAGCUAAUUGAUCAAUUUAGUGAUUGCCCCCAAUUUAUCACACCUGGUCUUCCAGGUCGGUUAAAUUUGUGGCACUCCAGGACCAGGAUUUAGUACCCCUGGACUACAUUAUAUUGAACUAAAUUGAUUCCUCCAAGAAGAUAUCAGCAUGGUCUUCCUUCCUUUGAUAAUUUUGAGUUCUUGAAACAUUUGUGAAAUAAACAGGAAAAACUGCUUUGGUUCCCUGGCCAGGUUGAUUUGUAUUCUACCAAGAGGCUGUUGUGUUCCACAAGGCUACUGUUUGUAGUCUCUGCACAGCCUCAAUCCCAGCAAAUUUACUCUGUCGCUGCAACCUGGUCUCAGAGCAUUUCGUAUUUUUCUGUACGUAAAUCCGAAGCACCAUUUAUUGUUGUAUGUUUCAUAUGUAUGUAUUAAUUUGUAGAUGUCCAUUACCCAUUUUGUAUGAUAUUUUACAAAUUACAAUUUGUAUUAUAUGUUA